AUGGACCCUGAAGACGAAGAAGUAGAGCGCCGCCGCAUAAUUCGGCGCUUCAGCUGGAAAACUCGAUCGGAAAUGCCUGGCGAGCCAUUAAUACAAGGGCUAGCGACGAAGGUCGAUUACGAUGCCUCUCUAGAAUCAAAACAUGGCGAACGUAAAGCACAGCUCAUCAAAGAUGCCAUGGGAGUAUUUCCCGAGUCAGAAGUUAGUGAAAUAAUGCAAUGGAAAGACUGCUUCGAUUCACUGGAAGAAUCACACAAAACCCUGCAAGAACGACUGCUCAAAUUUCAGCAAAAGACAAAGCUGCCAACAGGUGAUAAAACAACCCAGCAUGGCUUCCGUUCGGUCUCUAUCGCCGUACGAGAAGCUCAAUCCAAUUGGCAAAAGCGCCAUGACUCUGGCGUAUCUGGAAAAGCAAAGAAGAUCUUCUUCACUGUCUCCCAGGCAGUAAGCAGUCAUAGCUAUCUAUUGGAUCUUUUGCCCGGUGGCGAUAAUUAUGCCUCCGUCAUAGUAGGCGCCCUGUCUACACUUGCCCGGGCAACUACAACAUACCAAAGUAUCGCAUCGGAAAUAUCAGACUACUUGGAUGAAGUCUCAGACCAAGUGCGAUCAUUCCACCACGCCAUAAAACGCCACCCAGAAUCAGAGUAUAUAAAAUGCCAUAUCGCAAUAUUCUACAACACAUUUUUCCAAUUCUUGAUUGACCUUCUGACAAAAUGGUACGACUCCAGCUGGAAGCGUCUCUCACAUGUCUUUGGGUCAUCAUUUCUCGACGGAACCUUGCGCCCUACUGUGAAGAAGUUGGAAAAGUGCCAGGCAAAGGUAUACAAGGAGAGUGACGAUUUAUGGAAGGAUAAAGUUGCCCGAUAUCUCUAUUUGCUUGGUGCGAGAAUGGAAGAUUGCUUCGAGGGUAUGGAGCUUGAACGACCAGCCCAUGGUCGCAGAACACAUGGAAAAUCCAAAUCUUACCUAAACGCAUCACAAGGCCAUGAGCCUCAGCAUAAGAUCUCAGCAAUUGAAGAUGAAGAUGAUAUGAAUGGUGAACUGAGCGAGUUGGACGAUGAAAGUGAACUACAGGGUAACACCUGUGAUUGGGAUGCUAUUCUCGAGACCAUUUUGCACUUUGACCAAUACGUUCGAUCUGCAUCUUUGGUACUUCUUGUUCAACGCGCCAAAAGCCUAUCGAUCGGAGCCGCCGUUUACACACGAGUACAUCAAUGGGCCUCCGAACCCAGAUCAGAGGCAUUAUGGAUUAACGGACCAGUACAAGCUGAACACCCGUCUUCGAAUACUCUCGCAUCUGCGUUCAUGAUCCAAGCCAUCAAGUCUCAAGGGCUAUGGGGUAUUUCAUUUAUCGUCGGCACUGAGAUCAGACGAGGUGUCCCAUUUUCGUCUAGCAAGGAACUUGUGGCUCUUGUCUAUAGCUUGAUCUACCAAGCUGUUCAAAACAUCCAAGAAAACGAAGACCAUGCCGAUAUUGAUGAUAUAGAUUUUUCUAUAUCACGAUUCGAAGCGCUUACGGGUCAGGCGGAUACGUUGGCUGAUGCUAUAAGUGUAUUAGGCGAUCUUCUUCAAGUCACGAUGUCACUUCAAUAUUACAUCAUUGAUGGCUUGGAGCUUUUGGAACGAAACAUUAGAGACCCUGCCUUGAAAAAGAGAUUAUCUGAGCUGGUUAAUGUCCUCUGCAAUGCUUGUAGACGAGCAUCUGAUCGCCCUCGAGUGACCAAGGUGUUGUUCACGACCAACGGAUUUAGCAAAUUGUUGAAGCAAUUAGCGAAUAAACGAUGGAUAAGUGAUCUCAGCUAUGAGGACGAUGAGGAAGAUCAACAUCUGAGAUUGAAAUUUCCAGAAUCGCUUCCUAAAGCUAAACAGCUGAUUUGA